AUGAAGAUCUCGUCGUCUGCCCUGAACGAGGAGCAGGUUCCUAUCAAAUGAUAAAAUGUCUGGGUCUGGAAACUUGUGAUGCUGGGUGGCGUAUCAUGAGGAGGCCACAACUGCCUGCACAGCAUGACAAGCUUCUGAGCUUCUAGGUGUUGCCUCUUCUGCAUGACAGACUGCGUUUCUGCAUGACAGAAAAGUGGCGCUCUUGGGUAGCGUGCAUGACAGAUUUGAGAGUCAUGCCGGACAAGCAUGACAAACAUGCACUCUUCCAGACCCAGACAUUUUUACAUUUGAUAGUUCCACUUUCGAAGCCAAAGAUUUCGCUUCAGUCUCCUCUUGGUACACGAUCUUCAAUCAAACCUGAGCGUAAUUUUGAUUGUAGAUUUUCAUUUUUUUAGCAUCAAUAUCAAAUACCGAUACUCAAGCCCACAACUUGGCUUUCUCGGAAAAUAAAUGGCAGAUACUAUACAUAAAUUAGAGACUAUGUGUCGUCUCAUAAUUCUGAUCAACAGAUGAUUGAAUUCAAUAUCAGGCGCGAAAAGAAAAGAAGUUUCGCGAGAUGAACCACGUAGGUACCGCUACAAAAACGUAGGCCUGUAAAGGACAUGGGUCUCCUUUGCGAUA